AUGGCGAUCUCGUGGGCAUGGUUGCUUGGCGCCGUCCCGCUCCUCUUCCUCGCCUUCUGGCAUGCCACCGACGCGUGGUACCGCGCUGCCUUCUUCCUCAAGCACGGCAAGAAGAGCCUGCCACCGGGGCACAUGGGCGUGCCUUUCCUCGGUGAGACGCUCUCGCUGCUCUGGUACUUCAAGCACGCGCGCCGCCCCGACGAGUUCAUCAGCGCCAAGAAAACCGCGUACGGGAAGGCGGCGGGGAUGUACCGGACGCACCUAUUCGGCUCCCCCACCAUCAUCGCCUGCACGCCGGCGGCCAACAAGUUCGUGCUCCAGUCCCCCGAGAAUUUCGGCGUGCAAUGGCCCGAGCCGGAGCUUGUCGGCCACACCUCGGUUGUUAAUGUCGAAGGCGCCACACACACCAGGCUCCGUGGGUUCAUCCUCGCUGCCAUCAAUAGCCCCAGGUCGCUCCGGACCAUUGCCGCUGUUGUGCAGCCGCGGGUCGUGGCUGCGCUUGCCUCAUGGGCCGAUAAGGGUACCAUCGUCGCCGCCACGGAGAUCAAGAGAGUGACCUUUGCUAACAUCUGCAUGAUGUUCAUAAGCAUGGAGCCCUCGCCCCUAACGGAGAAGAUCGACGAGUGGUUCGGAAACUUGGUUGCUGGCCUCAGGUCAUUUCCCUUGGAUUUUCCAGGGACAACGUUCCAUCGCGCUCGCAAGUGCCGGCGCAAGCUCAACGCGGUGUUCCGGGAGGAGCUGCAGGCUAGGAGGAAGAAAGCCAUGGCGACCGAGGCCGAGGAUGACGAUGUGAUGGGUGGUUUCAUGCGGAUGGAGGACGAGCAGGGGAAGAAGCUAAGCGACGACGAGGUGGUGGACAACAUCGUUUCUCUCGUUGUCGCCGGCUAUGAGUCCACCGCCAGCGCCAUCACGUGGGCAACGUACCACCUAGCAAAAUCCACCGACGCUCUCUCCAAGCUACGUGAGGAGAAUUUGACGAUGAGAGAAAGCAAAGGUGGUUUGUCUUUUAUCACACAUGAUGACAUCCCGAAGAUGAAGUACACGGCGAAAGUGGUAGAGGAGACAAUCCGGAUGGCCAACAUCGCGCCGAUGGCACACCGCGUGGCGAAGAAGGAAGUGGAGUACAACGGGUACACCAUACCGAAGGGGUGGCCAGUUCUGGUGUGGGUUAGGUCCUUGCACACUGACCCCAACAACUUCCAAGAUCCCCUCACCUUUAACCCCGACAGAUGGGACGAACCGGCCAAGCCAGGCACGUACCAGGUGUUCGGAGGAGGCUAUAGGGUCUGUGCCGGUAACAUGCUCGCGAGGCUGCAGCUCACCAUCAUGCUUCAUCACCUGUCCAUCGGCUAUGAAUGGGAGUUGCUAAAUCCUGAUGCAGAGAUCAGUUACCUUCCCCACCCGAAGCCAGUGGAUGGUGUGGCCAUGACCUUCCGUAAGCUUGCCACAAAAUGA